AGAUAUUAUCGAGCGAAUAAAUAAGCGAUUCUACCGCCGAUCGCAGGUCACUUCGGUCGCUAUCGUUCCUGUGAAGACGCUACGAUGAGAGCUCUCGCAUCUGCCUACAUCAUCCUCGCGAUCUGCGUCGCGGCGUCCCUGCAAGAGACCUCGUAUGAUCCAUGCGACGAUGGGCCUGGGCCUCGGUCCUUGAGGGUGGACGGAUGCGACAGUUCUCCCUGCAAGCUGCACAGAGGGACCGAUUUGACAGCGCAAUGGGACUUCGUCGCCAACGCCGACGCGAAAACGUUGAAACCCCGCGUGAGAGUGACGAUUAUGGGAGUCACGAUAGAUUACCCGUAUCCCGAGCAGGAUGCGUGUAAAUCUUUGACGAACGGCAAAUGCCCGUUGAGCAAGGGCGACGAGGCAACGUACAAUCUCAAGAUGCCGAUCUCCGAAAGUUAUCCAUCUAUAACCUUGACCAUCGAGUUCGCCCUGGUCGACGAAAACGACAACAACGUGCAGGUGUGCUUCAAACUGGACGGCACGGUGACCUCCUAGUCUCACCUCGGUAGCCCUGACGCACCUGUGAUAAACAAGUCAGAUCCCGGUAAUCGAUUCCUCGUGCGAACAAAUCUUUUAAUCAGAAUCCUUCAGUAUCGCCAGCGGUAAUUAACGUCAGUGUUUUCUGGACCAUACACCCGGCAUCUUUAGUAAUACAGAAAAUUUAUUGCGAACAUCACCUAAGCCAGGGUUUGAACCUGGACCUCCCUACACUCCAUCUUUAGGGUAAGCGAACCUAUUUCGGAACACUUUUUAAAAAACUUGCUGUAUCUUUUACAUAAAAUCUUCUAAAACAAAUCUGAUAUAUGCUAGUUAAGAAGUCAUCCUUUAACUAUUAAUUAGGCAUAAAUCAAUAUUUGAAGAAGACUUUGUUUUUAAAUGGCGGACAAUCAAUUCAAGUACUAAAUUUGUUCCGAAUAGGGUUAACCUGCACUUAAUUCGGAACAGCUGUUUUCAUGUACAGCCGCAUUUCGCAACAACAUAGUUUCAUAAUUCAAUUAAGCAACGAUUAUCUUCCUUGAACCUUUAACUGUUGUUUAAGUCCAAAA